UAAAUUAGAACACUUAUCAUUGAGAAAUAAUCCAGAACUUUCUCCGCAAAGUUUAAAAUUCUUAACUUCUCUCACCGAACUAAAGGAGUUGAAUAUGAGUGAUUGUCCUUUAGAAGGAAGUUUGAAAGUUUUUGUGAAUCUAAGUAAACUAGAAGGGUUGGCAAUUAGUAAUACUAAUAUCAAUGAAGGUUUAGAAUAUUUGCCUGAAAGUUGCAAAAGAAAAAAUAAACAAAACAGUAUUGCUUUAAAUGUUCCUCUUGAAAGGUUAUAUGUCGUUCGCGGUAGUCGGGCAGCCACUGUAGCAGGAGGUGUUUUAACCUUAGCGGGUCAGCCAGUGAUUGGAGGAAUUAUGUCGUCUGCAUUUCCUUUUGUCGAUGUAGUGACAAUUGCUGUUGGUGAAAAAGGCGAGGUGAACGAAGCAAUCAGAGGGUUAGAUAAUGUUACUCAGGCAUUUUUGGUAGAAUAUGAUAAAGACGAAAAUAAAAUGAUUGAUGCUAAUGAAUUAAAGGAAAAAAAGGAAGAAUUAGCCAGGGAUUUAGACAAGGGGGAAGAAAGUCAAUUGAAAAAAAUUGUGGAAGCAAUACAUGAUCUAAAAAGGGAAGUGAUUGGAUAUUACAAAAGGAAUGAAAAAGAGACAGGAGAAAUAGAAAAUCAAUUGGAGGCACAACUAACAAAAGCAGAAGAAAAAAAUAAUGGCAAGAAUGAUAAAAUAAUUAUUUCCCAGACUUCUUCUCAGAAAAUAAAGCAAGACCUCCAAGACUGA